AUGAUAAACGGUCGAUCAAGUCCGCAGGAAGGGGACCUGGGAUCGUCGUCUCCCGCACAGGUGCUGAAGGUCCCCUUUCCCUCGCCCGCUUACCGCAGCAGCAGCAGCAGCAGCAGCAGCAGCAGCAGCGGCUCUCCUGCUGCUGCGGGUGGGCUGAGCAGCACGAACAGCUGCAGCACGAGGUCUGACGAAUCUGCCGUGUGUCUGUCUCCAACAGCCCCCCCGCAGGACAGCAGCAGCCGCAGCAGCAACAGCAGCAGCAGCAGCAGCAGCUAUUUUUCUUCGCUGGACCACCCUAGGCCGGUGUACUCGAUCAGCGUCAGCAGCGUCAGCAGCAGCAGCAGCAUCAGCAGCAGCAGCAUCGGCAGCAGCAGCAGCAAACGCUGGGCUGGCUGCCGCAGGCCUCUCGACGUUGUUGUUCCGCGGUGUAUUUACUUCACAGAAGACCCUGUUACAGGUCAGCAGCCGCUGCAGCAGCAGCAGCAGCAGCAGCAGAAGAGCGGCGGCGGUUGGGGGGCAGCAGAUGGCGUCUCUGGCGCAGCAGCAGGAGCGUCUGGAGGCGCAUCUCCCCUGAGCCUCCUGCAGUCGUACUGGGGAAAGCAGCAGCAGCAGCAGCAGCAGCAGCAGCAGCUGCAGGUGCUGCCGGCGCAGCAGCAGGGGGCCGCCCGCGGGGCGUCUCCCGCCCCCUGCGCGCCCGGGCCGCCGGGCGCGCCGGCGGGAGCAGCAGCAGCAGCGGGAGGGGGCGGAGCAGCAGCAGCAGCGGGAGGGGGCGGAGCAGCAGCAGCAGCAGCAGCAGCAGCAGCAGAGUCCGGCAGCAGACUGUCGUUUUUGCUGACGUCCGUCGGCGCUGCAGUGGGGAUCGGCUGCGUGUGGAGGUUCCCCACUUACUGCUACAAGUGGGGCGGGGGCUCCUUCGUGGUUUGUUAUUUGCUGCUGCUGCUGCUGCUGGGGGUGCCGCUGCUGGCGAUGGAGACAGCCUUUGGCCAGGUUUUUCGCGGCAGCAACUUGCGAGUGAUGUCUCUGUUGUCUCCUUCUCUGCGGGGCCUUGCUGCUGCCACUUUGCUGCUGUCUUUCUGCAUUUGUUCUUAUUAUUCUGUCUUUCUGGCUUGGGGCUGCAGCUACGCCGUUGCUGCUGCUGCUCCGCUGCUGCCCUGGGGUGUCUCCGCGGCUGAGCAGCAAAUCUGUGGGGUCCCUUCGCUGCAGCAGCAGGCGGCCUGCGAGGCGGCGCGCGCGGGGGGUCUCUUCUGCAGGUGGCGGCCUGCUGCUGCUGCUGCUGCUGCAGCGCGGGGCGCUGCUGCUGCUGCUGCAGCGGCGGGCAGCUGCGUCGCGGACCCCGAGGCGAAGGCCGCAGCCUUCUUCUCGCGGGCCGUGCUGCAGCAGCAGCCGGCGCCGGCAGCAGCAGCAGCAGCAGCGGCGGCGGGGGUCCCGGAGGAGGCGGCGGCGGCUGCUGCUGCUGCGCUGGGGAGCAGCAGCAGCAGCAGCUGGCUGCUGCUGUGGCCGCCCGCAGCAAGUUUGCUGCUGGUGUGGCUGCUGGUGUACCUGAGUCUGUACAAAGGGCUGCGGGGAGUGCGGUGUCUUUGCUGCCUCUCCGUGCUGCUGCCGUCCUGCUGCGUGCUGCUGCUGCUGCUGCGUGCUGCUGCGCUGCCCGGCGCCUGGGAAGGCGUGCAGCAGCUUUUCGCUGUUGACUUCCCGCUGCUGCUCUCAGCCCCAGAAAUCUGGCCAGAAGCUGCCAGCCAAGUUCUCUUUUCUUUGGGACUUUUCCAGGGAGCCAUGAGUUCUUUUGCUGCUCACAAACCCCCCAACAACAACCCCACCCUCGACGCCCUUGCUGUGGGGCUGGCGGUGUCAGUGCUGCUGUCUGGGGAGGCAAGCAGUGGGGCCCUGGGGGGCCCCUGGGGUUAUAUGUCUUUGUUGGAGAGGGGAAAAGGGGGAAGGGCCCUUAAGGCGUAA